UUCAGCCGCGAACGUAGUUUUCCCUUGUCAUUUUCCUUCGUUUUCUCACUGAUUCUCAGUGAUUCCGUUUCCUUCUACAUUUGGUAGAAUACGUACAAGAUAGAUGAAGCCAUAUUCAUCCUCCCUUUGAUUCCUCCGUCGGCCAUUAACUCUGCCGUUUAAUUUUCCGGCGACAAUUAUUCGAGCGCGGUUGUGUUGGGGUGUUUGAAUUGGAAUCAUGUUUCUGCUGGAUUGGUUUUACGGAGUUCUUGCGUCUCUGGGUUUGUGGCAGAAAGAAGCCAAGAUCUUGUUUUUAGGGCUUGAUAAUGCCGGAAAGACCACCUUGCUUCACAUGUUGAAAGAUGAGAGAUUGGUUCAGCAUCAACCAACGCAGUAUCCGACAUCAGAGGAAUUGAGUAUAGGACAAAUUAAGUUCAAGGCUUUUGAUUUGGGAGGGCAUCAGAUCGCUCGCCGAGUCUGGAAGGACUAUUAUGCCCAGGUGGAUGCUGUGGUGUACCUUGUUGAUGCUUACGACAAAGAAAGAUUUGCCGAGUCUAAAAAGGAAUUGGAUGCCCUCCUCUCGGAUGAGUCACUUGGAAAUGUCCCGUUUCUCAUACUUGGGAACAAGAUUGAUAUACCUUAUGCUGCCUCAGAAGAUGAGUUGCGACAUUAUUUGGGUUUAACUGGCCUUACUACCGGUAAGGGUAAGGUUAACCUUGCCGACUCAAAUGUCCGUCCUCUUGAGGUAUUCAUGUGCAGCAUCGUGCGCAAGAUGGGUUAUGGCGACGGCUUUAAAUGGAUGUCCCAGUACAUCAAGUAGACACAAAAGAGAAACGACUCUGCAAAGCUAUUUUCUGCUGUUUGAUGGUAUGAAUACCAAUUGGAAUGUAGAAUUUACCGUGCGGCCUCUAUUAGUACCUAUUACUCUUUCAGCUUUCUGGCAUAGUAUUAAUAUUUGUAUUUUUUUUAGCCCUUGUAGCGAAGGUUAAGUUUUUUCUGUUUGUUUCCCCGCUCUUUGUAUUUGACACAGUAUUGCAGAUAAAUAAAGGGCGUGUUCUAUUGCUUGCAA